GUGAACCCGAUGCCUCACAUAAGGGCAUCUUCUUCAUCUUCAAGAGUCGCUGUCGUCCGGCUGGGAGCGAAUUACUCUUCUGAUUUUCUCCUCUCCUUUGACAUAAAGAGACAACAUUGUUAUCAGAAUCUGUUCUUCACUAGCAUCGGAGGAAUUUGACUAAAUCAAGAUGCUGCUGAUCAUAGAAGCUCUUUUCAUUGUAGCUGCUCUAGGACAGGAUCGCAGAGCUGCUUUUGAAGACAGCAUAACAUUGGAUAUGGCAACAAACUCUGUUGAUGACCAGUAUUACGGCUGUAGAAAGACCAUGUCACAACUGGUGGAGGCUAAAUAUCUGGAGGAGGAAUUUGAAAACUCACCCAGUUUUAAAAAUGUUUGGAAAAAGGGUGAAAGGGUUACCAGUAAAUGGAACUUUUUCCGCAAACUAGAAAAAAAACAUAAAAUUGCCCUUUACGUGUACACUGCGAAUGAAGUAUAUGAGCAAUUCAAUAGUGACACUCGCAAUGGCAAACAAAACAGCAUGACAUACACAUGGCAUUCUCUUCACUUUCUGUUAACAGAAGCGAUACAUAUUCUGAAGGAAAAACAAAACAGGUGCUUUGAUACUUUUCGUGGUUCAAAUCGUGACUUUAAUGCGCAUGCUUUCACAAACAUUCGUUUUGGCUCAUUUACAUCUUCCUCUCUUAAUCAAAACCAGGCAGAAAAAUUUGGAGCGAAAACUUGUUUUAUAAUCCGCACAUGUGAAGGCGCUAAUGUGACAAAAUAUUCUAUGGUACAGAAAGAGGAAGAGGUGCUGAUUCCUCCAUUUGAGAAGUUUAAUGUCACCGAGGUCAAGACGAGAGCUAAUCAGCCAGAUCUCUGGUGUGAGAAAGUGUUUGUGUUGAAGAGCACUGGAAUAAGAAGUGACCUAAACUGUGCUCUAUUCAGUGAACCCACCAAGACCACAAAUAUGAAAAACAUCUCUGGUGUUUACUUUGAGAAGAUCCGGAAAAAUAAGAGACCUGAGCUGUACAGUAGCUUUCUUUAAUGUUCUGCACAUUUUUAUUUUGUAAUGUGUUUAGUUAACCUGUAGUUUGUUGUUUGCUGUUCUUGAGUCGCAGCAUUUGUC